UUGUGGAGUGCAUCUAAAAAUUCGUACUACACUACAGGGACAGCAUAAACAAGAGAGAAUUUAUUUUGAAAUGGAAAAACAAGACAACGACAGUAUUGAUCAAGCUAGCUUUAAUAUAGAUCUACAUGAAUCGAAUCCAUGGGACCACGAUGACGACAAUAUCAAUAAUCUCCGUAACUUUUUAAUUAAAGCGAACCAGCUAGGAUUUGAUACAAUGAGAAAUCAGACCAAAAUUUCUAAAGCCCUGAAGGAACUCAGCUCUUCACAAAUCAUAGCACAGCAGAAAGAAAUCACACAGAAGAACAAGACAUUAUUAAAGGCUAAAUACUCAAUACGAAAACACAUAGAAGAAAAGGAAACAUCCGAUGUGCUACAUUUGAAUUUAAUUGAGGAACGUAUUAACACAGUCAAGCAGCUUUGCACAGACCUGGACACAGUUUUACAGAACACAGAGCUCUUAGUUAAUCGUCUUCAGAAACCAUUUGUAGGAAGCUAUUUAAAGAUAGAUGCUGCUUAUCACAGGCAUGCUUCUGAAUUAUUCAUGCAGCUUGUGCCAACAUUAAAUGAUCUGAACUUUCAUUUAGAAAACUUGACAUGGAUGGCAAAUAAUGAUUUCUCUGCUGCACAAUUGGAGCCUCUUUUGAAGGAAAUUCAAAGUCGUGCUGCUUCUUUGCAAACAACUUACCAUACGUUAUCACAAAUAAGAAAAGGCAUUCAGAAGUUAAAUCACAGUUCUGACAUUUUGUUUGUGAUGGAUCAAUCUGCUGAUUCAAGUCUAGCUACUCCUAGAAAAACUUAAUACAAGUCUAACUAAUCUUAGAAGAAAUUGUGAUUUUGAAAGAACAUUUUCAUUUUAUUUUAAACUCAGGCCAGUUGCUAAAAGAUUUUUUAAUGAUGUUACACAUUAAUGCACUAUAGAACUGAUGUUGUUGUUUUUUAUAGCUGAUAGAUCUUGUUAAAUAUGGCAUGCUAUUUCACUCUUUGACUAAUAUCUUCUUGAGGUAUUUGUUAUGGUAUUUCAUUUUAUUACUUGUCUUCACAAUCACAUCUAUAUCAAUAUUUCUACAUUUCCACACAUUCUGCAUAAACAGGCUUAUAGAUUUUAAAACUUAAAUCAAGUUUUUGACCUGUUAGGGAAACCUGUUAUUGAAAAAUAAUACUGCUUUUGAUCUAUAAAUGUUUAUACAUUUGGCUUUCAUGUCUAUCAAAUUGAAUUGGAAUUUUAUUGAAAUAUUUAUUUGUAAAAAAAAAACAGCCACACCUGCCUUCUAUACUUGUAAAUUUAUACUUAUGUUUUGGCUAAUCAUACAUUUUCCACUUAUGUUGGAUUGCCUUUCAUUGUAAUUGUUGAAACACUUGUUGUUUUAGUUGAUAUAUUAUUGAAUGUUGGAUAAAAUUGAAACAAUCUGCUUCUGAUAAAUUAUUUUUUAAGUCAAUCAUUGAUUUUAAGUUGAAUUUUUAUUUAAUCAGACAUUUGUACUUUUUCAUUUUUUUUUUAUUGAACUCAAAAUUGAAUUUAAAAUCAAUGUGAUAUAUAUUGUCAUGUUGAGAAGUUUUAUUGACAAAUACCCUUUGAAUUUGGACUAUUUUAGUUUGAAGACUUCAAUUCAUUCACAAGUAAAUAUAGGCCAAUGAGUAUGGUCUAUAGACAACAAUGCACCUUUAAAAAGCUUUGAUUUAAUAAGAGUGUAAUGCAGAAGUAUUAAAACUUUGAAAUGUCAGCACCAAACUCUGUCAAUUAAGUAUGAAAAUGAAACUAAAAUAAUCCAAGAUUAUUGUGUUUUUUUCGUUUUUGUUUUUGUUUUUUUGUUGUUGUUUUAAUAACUCACUCUGUAUGUUUGGUUCAAAGUUUGUACACAUUAUUUCUCAAACACCCUAUCUAGGAUCAAGCUGUGAUUUUGCACAAUUAUAUUAUUUCUUUUAAUUAUAUUAUUUCUUUUACCUGACAACUCAAGAAUUAGAAAAAAUGAAGCAAUUAGUUAAAUAACUAUUGGUAAUUAAUUAUUUUGUCUGGUAUCUCGAACAAGGGAAAGAAAUUGUUCUUAACUGAAGUGGAGGUAUAAACUGAAUAUUCCCCCUUUAUAGAUAGUCAUUUGAGGCUAAUGAAUACAAAGACGAAAUAGAAACAAUAGAUAACUAUACAAUCUUCCAUAUUCAUAUGCUCUUCGCAAACUGAGUGGUUACCGUGUUGGCUUAAGAAAGCUUUAGCCCACGAGUUCAAAUUCAGGGCGUUUUUUUUUUUUUUUUGUAAAUACAUUUAAAAACGAUAAACCAGAUACUCCGUUCUAUCUCCCUACCCCUUUCAACUGGUCCAGACAAGUGAUAGGAUCAUAGCGUAUUGAGAAAGCUAAAAGCAUUAAAUUGCGCUAAACAAAAACAAUUGGAAAAAAUAUUUCUAAUCGCACAGAUUUAUUAUUGUUAGCCAAGAUCUAUUAGGUACGAAUGUAAUCACUUGACUGAUCCAAACUAAUUGAUAAGCUUUGUUUAAAAAAGAAGUAUUUUUUGUACUUUGCUUGUCAUUAGUUCCCCUAUCUGUACGCAGCUUUUGGGUCCAAAGGUUCAUCUAGAACCAAUACAAUUUGGGAUCGGCGAACAUCUAGAACCAAUACAAUUUGGGAUCGGCGAACAUCUGGAACCAAUACAAUUUGGGAUCGGCGAACAUCUAGAACCAAUACAAUUUGGGAUCGGCGAAAAUCUAGAACCAAUACAAUUUGGGAUCGGCGAACAUCUAGAACCAAUACAAUUUGGGAUCGGCGAACAUCUAGAAUAAAUACAAUUUGGGAUCGGCGAACAUCUAGAACCAAUACAAUUUGGGAUCGGCGAACAUCUAGAACCAAUACAAUUUGGGAUCGGCGAACAUCUAGAACCAAUACAAUUUGGGAUCGGCGAACAUCUAGAACCAAUACAAUUUGGGAUCGGCAGUGUUUGUAGAUCUUCAAGAUUAUUGCACCGCGAGAAUAUAGCACUGUGUGCUGUACUUAAGGGUCACCAGGUACUGAUUUCUCAUUUUCACUGUAUGAGUUUUUACCGCCGCACGGCAACGGAGGUUUCAAUGAAAAGUUUCCCUAAUUUUGGUCUCUGUUAUUUGCUUUUGUCUUGUCUGAGUUUCGGGGAAAGGUCGUAUGCUAGGCAUUAGCAAACAUUAAUUCAAUCUUUAAAAAAGAAAUAUUUCUCCCUUGAAUCGGUAAAUCGGUGUGACCAUUCGUUUCUAUACCAACCUUAAUCUUUAGAAAAUAUAUACUUAGAAUCUUGAUAAUAAGGGAUGGGGGCAAUGUUAAGGAAAUGUAAAAUGGAGGGAAGGGAAGAACCGCCACAUCCUUACUCUAUUAGGCUCCAUACAGAGUCACUCCUUGAUAAAGAUUUUUCGCUCUCCAUUUUGAUUCUGAACUAAGGCUUCAGAAAAACAGUGUACUUUUCUGUCAAAACCCCAGGUUUAUUACUAUUACAAACUUAGUGCCCCCACUUUUGUUUGUCUAAUCCAAUCAGAGAGCACGCGAAACUGUUCUCAGUCUGUUGAGCGUGCUUAAGCAUUAGUAGGUAGGGCCUAUAUUUCGUUGAUGCUGGUGCAAGAUGGAAAACUUUAGAAAAGUCCCGGUAAACACACUAGAUCUAAAUCUGCCAAGCAUUAACUAAACGUAAGCUAACCAUUCAUUAUGUUUGGUGCUUAGUUAAUUUCACGUACCCAUACAAAUUAAAAGGACUUGAAGAAAGUAGAUGUCUUAUCCCUCCCCCCUUUUUUUUGGGGGGGGGGGGGAUUUUAUAGGCUUCUUUUGUUCAGUUGGUUGGAGUCUCGCACAGGACAAAAAAAAAUAUGAGAAAAAAAAUAAAUUGCAAAACUUAAAACAGAUCUUGAACAUGACUAUUGUUUACUAGUCUAACUCUUGUCUCUACUGUGGAAAUUGCAAUACAUGCAUUUCAGUUAUUUGUCGAUUUGUAGACCGUAGAUGAAUAAAUAAUGUGGACAUAG